UAUUUGACUCCAUAGCAAGAAGAAUAACAAGAAGCUUUCUUCUGGGGCUUUCCUUCCUCACUUAUCAUCUAAAUAUUCCUCCCAUUUUCCUGUCCCCCAAGCAAAGGCCACUCUAUACACACACACACACACACACACACACACACAUCUCUUGCCGCCUUCUUCUCCCUGUUGAUUGCCCUAGCUAGCUACCUUCUCUGUCUCUCUGUGUGUGUGUGUAUAACUUUAAUCUUCUUUCAUGGCAGCUUCAUCAUCUGACCCAAGUCGAAGUCCUGCUGGCCUCAGUAUCAUCGUCGAAAGCAACCCUUCCAAUCGCCGGCUAGCCGAGUUGGGUAUUAACUCAUGGCCAAAGUGGGGUUGUCCUCCGGGGAGGUAUACCCUAAAGUUUGAUGCCCAAGAGACUUGUUACUUGCUCAAAGGGAAGGUGAAGGCUUACCCAAGAGGAUCAACCGAGUAUGUAGAGUUUGGUGCGGGAGACCUUGUGAUCAUCCCUAAGGGACUUAGCUGCACCUGGGAUGUGUCUGUUGCCAUCGACAAAUACUACAAGUUUGAAUCUCCUUCCCCAGCAUCCUCCUCCUCUUAGAACCCUAGCUAGCUAUAUAUAUAGUUGUAACUCAUUCCUUUUAACUCAUCAUUUAGCUCCUACCAUUUCAGAAAACAAAUUAACCUGUGAGAAUCAGAGUCCAUAUAUAUAUAUAUAUUUGUAAUGAAAUCUUCUCUCUUUUUCCUAGCUAUAUCUAGUUCUGUAUAUGUUUCUAAGCCCUAAAUUUCCUUCUAGUGAUGAUCAAAUUCAAACCUUCUGUUAGCUAGCAGUCAUGAGUAAGAUUGAAGCAUCAAUCCCCAUCUUUUCUUCUUUUCUUUUCUUCCCUGAAGUUUUACAAGUUCUUUAUAAGACAAUCUCAAACACCCAGAUAUAUAUAUGUGUGUGUGUGUGAAUGUUGUUGAAAUAGAUUCAGAGCUUAAUUUCUGCUGUUAAUGGAGGGGUUUGUGAUGAUCAGAAAUGAAUAUAUUGCUAUAGAUGAGUGGUUAGAUGAAUGUUUCUGGUUCUGUAAAGUAAGAUGUAGAAUAUAAUGCUUAGAUGCUCAGCAUGAAAAAGAAUAAGAACAAGGGAGUCAACGCAGUCUCUUUCACAGGGCACCAUUAUUUGGAGCCUUUAAAGGGCACGUGCUUCAAAUGUUAUAUACUUUGACUGGACACCAUCAGAUUAUUAUUCUAUCAUAUCAGUCCUGAUGAAACCCUAGCUACUCGCAGCAGGGUGGGCCCAGCAGAGUUAGAGGUUUCGAAUUCGAAUAUUUUUCUUUACAAUAAUUUAGAUGGCCAUCCAUCUAUCUAUCUAUCUGUAUGUUUAAGUGAGAUUUGGAGAUAAAGAAGUUGAUAAUAAUGUGAUUCUUGACCUGACUAAGAGUUAUUGGUAGUGAUUUAGAGGCUAUUGCGUUCCACAUGAGCAAUAUAAUUGGCACUUACAAGAAGUAGUCUCCCAAUGAUCUCAUUGAUACUGUUUUAACCCUUUACUAAAAGUCCAAAGGUUCUUACUUCAUUGCUGUGUUCACACCUGAAGGCCACCAUUUUAUGAGAUGCUGGCCGAUGAUGUGAC